AUGAAGAACUUCGCCUCCAUCCUUACAUUCAUUGCCAUCUCGGCCAGCGUUGUAUCUGCUAGAGCUCUCCCUGCGGCUGGUAGCCUCGAAGCAAGAUUUCCAUACAUAGGAGACGAUGUCAUCGCUCGUUCACCCAAGAAGGCCAAGGCGGCGGCAGCCAACGGGACUGCCUCGGCGGCCACAGCAGUAACCAGCGCGACUACGGGAAAGAAAGCAAAGGCCGGAGCUGCUGCUGCGUCUGGAGUCGCGGCUACUAAAGGAAAAGCGGCAAAGGGACAAGCAGCGGGUAACGCGACUGUUGCUGGAGUUGCUCAAGCAUCUGGCGCAGCGACAGGAAAGAAGGCGAAGGGAACUGCCACCGCCGCCGCCGCUGGUGCCAACAACGCCGCCGCAGCUACCAACAACGACGCCGCAGCUAGCGGAGAUUUGACUAGUAUCGUACAAGGCCUUACUGGAAUCAACAUCGGAUCUCUUGGACUACGAAGCCUUCCAGUACUUGAGACCCGCAAAGGAAAGAAGAACGCGACUGCGUCAGCAACGACCGCAACUGCCGCAGGAGCGAAAGGAGCCAAAGUAGCGAAAGCAGGAGCCGCGAAGGCAUCUGGUGCAGCCGCUGGUGCAGCCGCUGGUACAGCCACUACUGGAAAAGCCGCCAAAGCAGCUAAGGCAGGUGCAGCGAAGGCAUCGACUGCUAGUACAGCGGCUGGUGCAGCUGAUGUCAACGCUGCAGCUAGCGAUGGAAGUGCUGGGAUCGCCGCCGCUGCCCAAAGCGCCGUGGACGCCGCUGCAGAUGGGACUCUCGUUAGCUCAGCUACCGCUUCCGCAGCAACCCCCGCAGCUGCAGCUGCAAAGAAAGGCGCCAAGGGAAAGGCAGCCGCCUAG